CAAAAAAAUAAGAAAUCAGGAAUGGGGCAAACACUUUUUCACACAACUGUAUAUACACAAUAUAUUUAUAUGAGAUAUAGCUUCUUAUCCGAUUAAUAAUUGAUAAAGUAAUAAUCAAGAGAAUAAUUAUCAAAGUAUUCCUUAGUUGCAGCCCAAAUGAAAUGUAAUGGCCAUUUUGUUCCUUUAAACAGACUCAUGAUGUGUAGAGAAUGUAAUUCAUUCUAUUGAGAACAGAGCUCAGCAGAGACUUUGUUUCUCCUUCCUAUUGGGUUGUUGGUUUGCUGGCAUCUAAGAGUAUGAUAAGAAAGACACCGAUGAGAUGAAAUCCAUGAAAAGUGGACACUGCGCCUACAAUAGUUUCUGUCUUUCAGCUUUCUACUGCAUUCAUUCCUCAUAUAGUGAUGAAUUUUGAGGCAUAGACGUCCCAAAAACAUGUGUUCAGUUUGUCUCUGCUCAGCUGGCUUUGGCCGAGGUGGUGACUUAACUGUUAUCCAAGGGCCCAUUUUGAAUCAGCAGAUUGCAUAAAGAACAGAUCACUGACUGCACAGAAGCACUGGGCAGAUGGAUAACCGUCCUCGAGAAAACUGGUAUCAAUCUUCUCAUUUAACUUUUGAAAAGAAUGCCAAUCAGUGUCUUUUUUAAAUGUUGAACUAUUUCUUUAAAAAAAGCCUUAUAAGUUUCCUCCAUUCACAUUUCAAUGAGAACCCUGGAUCACUGCUUUCAGUUGUUGAAGCCAUUGGUCAAGUAGUGAAGUAAACACCAACGUUUUCGUUUGAUGAUCAGACAUUUUGUUUGGACCCGCUCAACAUGAGUUCAUAGUUUAUGUAAUGUGACAAGUGAUGAAUGUGCAGCCAUUUCCUUCUCUAAAUUCUUUUACAAAUACUGCAUCUUUCACUGAGCCUUCUAUGAUUUAUUUAUUUAGAAGAACUUUCAGCCUAACAAACAUAAUAAACGUGUUUGAAACUAGACACAUAGUUGUGAAGUAAAGGCACAUUCAUUUAAUAAAUGCCUGUUGCCUUCUUGCUCUCUGUGCAUUUGCCUCUGGCUGGUAGUCAGACAUGUGCAGAUGUGACAAUGUUUACCCAUUUCCCAGGCAGACCAGAUGCCCGUGGCAGAAACAGGUCAGGCGUUUCUUGGAAACUGCUGUUGUUGCCUGCUUGAUAAACUUGUUUGUUGAUUUUACUCAGGAUGAGAUGUUUAAUGGGCUCUAAAGCCGUUCUACUUUAAUGUAAUACAUUUGUCACUGACACUCAUCGACCUAAACAUGGGUGUAGCUUUGAUAUAAACCAUCAAAAAAUGUUAACAUUGAAAACUAAAUUACCUUAAAGCUAUACAUUGUAAAUGUCAUUAGAAACAUCCAUCCAUCCAUUAUCCGUAAACGCUUAUCCCAUUCUGAGGCUGGAGUCGAUCCCAGCUGAAAUUGGGCACCCUGAACAGGUCACCAGACUAUAUCGCAGGGCCUACACGUAGAGACAUACAACCAUAUACACUCACAUUCACACUUAAGGGCAAUUUAGAGUCGUUAAUUAGUCACCACAUGUCUUUGGACUGUGGGAGGAAGCCGGAGAACCCGGAGAAAACCCACGCUAAGUAGAAACAUGACUCUUAUAUUAUUAACCCACAAAUGCUGUGUGCAGACUCUCCCUCUCAAUGAUUACUUUUGAAGCAAAGAGAGGCAACUGUAUUUAAUGUUGGAUGGAAAAUUUGAUAAAAUACAUACUAAGGGCCUGGUCAAGCAUCAGAGUACUUGAACAGUUUGCAAAAAGUGUCACCUGUACUCAGCCUAAAAGUUAUUUUGCUGUGAAGUAAAUUUACAGAUCAGUACCUUUUAUUUUUCUCACUACUUUUACAAAUAACCAGAUAAGAAGGAUAUCGUUAACAAAUGGGUUGCGUUAGCUAAUGUUUAGCAAAGUUAGCAUUAUCUUUUGUCGACCUACAGGUCGGGCGGGUUUGAAUUCAUAUUUGGGUAAGCUCACUGGAACAUGUUACAGGUUCUGGCAGGCGGGUGACAAAGUUAUUAAUAAUGUGUGUAAAUAAACUUUUCUUUUAACUCAAGGCUUUAAGGGUCCUGCUUAAAUGCGAGGCACAUAGAGCGGAAAAAUACGAGUCGCUCAGCAAGGCAAAAGCUGCAACCAAAAAAAUAAAACGUACUCAUUGAAAACAAUAACAAAAAGCCGCCCCAGGCUGCUACAAAGAGCUCUGUCUGAUCUGGGUCAUAGGAAUCAGUUUUAGAUGUUCCAGACUGUAUCCCAAUGGAUAACAUAACAAAUUAUUAUUUUGUUUUUCGAUUGCCUGUCCUGGGACUUGGAGAUUCAUUCUUGACCUUAACAAAAUCUUGACUCCAAGGUCAACUUAAUAUCCUUCUUUUUUUGUAACUUAAAGCACACAAUUAAAAUUCACCCCAUCUCCAACUGACUUUGAUGGGACAGUUUGCGUAAUACAGGGAUCAGACUGCACAAUAUCAGUCCGACAAUGUCUUCACCUCACUGACAUGGGCUGUUGGGAAUGAAAAUGAGUGUCAGGGAACAGGACAUUUUAUUCCUUGUAGUGUUUCAUAUUGGAAGACAACAUACGGAAACGUCUAAAGUAAACUAGGAAAAUGGGUACUUCCAGGACCACAGUGGAAUUUGUCCUAGACAGCCUGUGACAAUUAAUUCUGAAUGCCUUUAAUGCCAAAUAAACAGGAAAUGAAAAACAAAAAGAAUGAGACACUAUCUGUAAUGUCUUAUCUUAUUAAUGUGUUAUCUCUCCAGUGGCAUCCCACUUACAAGAGAGAAAGUGAAUUGUAUCCAAAUGGCACAAGCAGGCAGUUCAAUCUUAGACACUGUGAUGACUGCAUCCCUGUCAUUUCAUAAGAAAAGACACAUAUGUUGGGUUUUAGAAAUAUUCCUGUUAUUUCCUUUACACUGGAGCUGGUCCUUGGUGCUGUACUGUGGCAUUCGCUGCUUCUAAAUCAAAAGGAUGGGUCUAAGGAUUAUAGGGGAUUAAUAAGUAUAUUUUGGCUAAUCAAACCUAAACUGUAGUUUGUAGAAAUGGACACAGGAUGAUUUGGGGAAGGGGAAGCCUCUAAUCUUAACCGAGUUCAUUGUUAUUAUUUGGAAAAAGACAAUGGCUAUUCCCCCCCCCCUUUAUCUGCAGGGUUGUGGGUUGUGGUGUGACGUGCCGUGUAUUUCUGAGUGGCAAACAAUCACAACAGCAAAUAGGGUUUCUGAUCCAUCUGGCAGCAACACAGCAAUAGCUUGGUGAUGGAGCACUACAAGAGAUGAGUAAAGCACUUCUUGUCCAUGUAUAUUCAAUCUCCACUGAUUCAGUCAAGGUACAACAGAUCACAAAAAUAACUCGGUUGCUCUCGAUAAACCUUGAUGAAUUACCAAACAAUGCUCAGUGAAUAUAAUAGAUUGGUAUCUCUGUCCUUGCAGCGACCUUACUCUUGUCAGAGGCUAAAAUACAGAGUCCUGUUUCAUUUGUUUUACUGCUCCUUUAAGUGGUAGGAUAGAAGGAAAUUACACUUUGCCCUUGUUAAUGUUUUUGUCUUGUCGACCUAUAGAGAGCUCUCAGAUAGCACACAUCUGUGCAAAAACCCAGCAGUUCCCAAAGUCAGAGCCACCAAAAUAACAAAUUGAGCCUCCGCAGAUGGCUCACGAGCUCCGAGCAUGCACAAGGAUGUUUAUGCUCGAAGCGCAAACAAAAUAUACUGUGAACAACCAAAAGGACGACGAGAGUUACCUGCAAAACGGCAUAAACCAACUUCCACAAUGUGGAGGAAUUGUAAUAACUGUAAACCCAUAUCUUAUAUUCAUGGUCUACUUAAUUUCCUUUAUACAAGCCCUGUAAAGAAAGAAGUCAAGUAUUGAAUGCAUUAUAAUGAACUGAAGGUUGAAUAUCUUGGAAACAAUUUGAUUUGGCUGCAAAGCAUGUACUCAAAUGUAGCUUUUUAAGACCUCCUGUUGCUAAGACAUCUAAAAACAAAUUGGUCCUUUUGUAUAAUCCCUAGAUAUGUGACAAUCAAGCUUUGAUCACGAUCUCACCGCGCCUGCCAAGUUACACAAAUCACACACGACACGCAGGCCGUGAUCGCGUCAUUUUCUAGCACCAUUAACUAUGCCUCCCAUAUAUACAGUACAUACAUCACCAGGCAGCCUUGCUCAAUAUGAGUAGCUUUACCUUUCCUUUUUCCCACACCUCAUAUUUCUCACUCUCUUUCUCACUUCAAAAAGCUUGGAUACCCACACAGAGAGCUGCUACAGAUAGUGAUCUAAUCCGACCUGGUUAGAUAAUUAUGAUUUUUAUCAUGCCCAAACUCCUCAGUUAUAAGGAACUGGGUAGACCCAGGAAGACGUCUGCUGCAUAUCUAUACCCCUAUAAACUGGGCAGUAUAUAGACAUUGAACAUUUGACUCAUGGUUAUGUUGGUGACAAAGCAUUUACAUAAUGACAAAAAGAUGAAUAAUAAAACAUUUGUUGGGUGCCUACAAACCGUCAACUAUACAGUCUACAGUGUACAGAGCAUACAGAAAGAAGACUAUACAAAUGAGAGCGCAAAAAGAAGACUAGCAACAUUCUGUACACUGACCGCAACAUCUGGUACUCUGAACCACAUCUGCAAUUUAUUCAAAUGCAGCAAUUUUCUCCACUUCACCUGCUUGUUGGCAACAGCUUGCUCAUCUUCACCUUUACCCCCCUUCUCUCCGCCUCACACAGAAACGAUGAAUGUGUGAUUGCUUUAGUUUGACUCUUAAUAUGAGAAGCCAGGACCACAGAUCCAUUCCAAGAGCAAACAGGAGGCAGAAGGCAUAACGGCUGUGAUUCAUCACGUCGAUGCAGAUCUGGUGGCGUGUUGAGUCGAGGGGCAUCUCUGUGCAGAUUACUCUGACACAAGCAGAGAAUGGGAUUCAUUUUCCUGUUCAAGCAGGAAGGCCUGGCCAUCUUGCAGGGAAACAGUUGUCUCCUUCAGUUACAUUUUCAGACACAAAAGAGGUCGUGGUGGAGACGAUAAAUAGCUUUCAUCUGUGGGUGGAACAUAUAAAAGGUAUAGAAAGUACACUGGUAUGAAUUUGCCCUACAGUAUGAAUUUUGACUAUACGGUGCUCUGCCUCCUCGUUUUCCAGAUGAUUUGCUGGCACAAGCUGAUGAUGACGAAUUCUAUAUAGAAUUCGUCAUCAUCAGCUUGUCGAAAGCCAAUUCUGCUUUGUUUAGAAAUCAAGAAAUGGCUGAAACCGCUGCAAAUAACGAAGAGGAGGAGUUGGUAAAAAAUACAGGUGAAACCUCCAUUAUAUUUGUAUGGUUUGUGUUUAAAAAGUCAGACAACGAGCAGAAAACACUAGUCUGCAAUUUACGUUGGAUGACAGUGGUUGCAAGGGGUGGUAAUACACGUACUCUUUUCUAUCGCCUCAGCCCUGCCUCCAUCUAACAUCUUGUCUCGGUUUUCUUGUGAUCUUGUUAAGACAUCAUAUUUUUUGAUAUGGAAAAGGUAAAUUAACCAGAAUUUUGAAGAGUUUUGUUAGAGUACACCCUGGACAGGUCACCAGAAUAUCGUAUGGCCAACGCAUACAACCAUUCACGCUCACAUUCACACCUACGGGUGAUUUAGAGUCAUCAGUUAACCUAAGCUGCAUGUCUUUGGACUGUGGGAGGAAGCCGGAGAGAACCCACGCUGCUGCUGCAAAAAUCUAACAGACAAAAAUUCAAUUUGGUUCUGUUGAAUAAAAUAGAAUCGUGUUUGACCCAUUUGUGGUGUGGCUAUCAUACAACAUGUUGAAACAAUAUAAGGCUGUCCAGUGCCACUCCUAACCAUGAAGCAAAGAAUAUCUGUUUGUGUGUUCUUCGAAUAUCUUGAGGAUCGUUCAUCUGAUGUACUUGUUGUGCAUUCAAGUGAGUGCAGUUUCGAAUUUGGUGCUAAUUGUACACACAUGUUCCAUAUUUAAACAUAUAUCAUAUAAAGAGCCAAUAGCGCUCACUGAGUCGAACACGUUGUGUGCAGCGGGCCUUUACAGGCCGUAGCUCAUUGACUGCAGGAUGCUGGAUAUACUAUCGUUACAACCAAAAUCUACUUUACAUCCUGGAGUCAACGAGCCAUGAGUGCUUCUCAAGGAGCACUUUCGGGGGUAAAAUGGUUCAACGAAACAAACAAAAAAUCACAUUACAUGAUGUUCACUGAGGUUUUUAUUAUCUUAAUGUGCACAUCUGUUUUCCCUUAUUUCUUUUCUCCAGACAGAUCUUAGAUUUAUUGAUGACUCUAAAUCGCCCAUAGGUGUGAAAGUGAGCUUCUCUAUAUGUUGGCCCUGCGAUAGUCUGGCAAGGCUAAGUGGGUAAUGUAAUGGAUGGAUGAUAGAUGACCAAACAGGGCAGGUCCAACCAGACUGCCAUUUUAAGAUCAAUGUAUUAAUGUCUCUGAUUAUAACUGGCUGGACUCAAUUAUUUGUUUUAAAAUACUUAAUGUAGCACAACUAAGGUCUAUGUUACAGUAUGUGUUCGGUGGUACAGAACAUGUUGUAAUCACAGAUUCACUUCACAGUAGGCCUGUGAUGUUGGCUUUGCACUAACAGCCAUCAAACGGACACUCUUUGCCUCAAGAGAUUGUUAUAAUUGAUUAAAGUAAUAAUCUGUGUUUUCAUUUAUUCCUAACAGAAUUAAAGUUGCAUUGGACAAGAAAAUCUGGUCUGACAUAUGGAGACCACUGGGAAUCCUCCUAUACACAUAGAAGAAGACUGCGAAACUCAAGAGCAUAAUACAGCUUCAGAUCUGACUAACGCUGCGCUUAGUAUGAAGUAGAAACAGCAUAGCAAGCAUGAAGUACAACAUAAAUGACUGCAACUUGUGAACCCCUUACCAGCUAAUCGGAGAAAGCUGGAGUCACCAAAGAUGGCUGAGGUUGUUGCAGUGUUUAGUUCUUAAGAUUUAGGUGAGAACUAAUCUAAUCUUUCUUUUGCAUUAGUAAGCUUAUUUUGCUGUUGUGUAUGCUAGCAAUGUUGUUUCGUCCAAUCCCUAAUUUCUUGUCAGCUCAUACUUGGAUAGCAACUCUAAACACGAGUAGCGUAUGAUUUAAAGUUGUAUAUUUAAAAUUUGCUAAUCAGAUAUGAAUGUUAGGUUUAUGAGGAAGAUAUUCCACACCAAUCAAGAACUUUAAAUCUUACAGUCAUUUUAAAAUAUUUGAUUUCAGACAAAUUUCCAAUGAUCUUACAAACCACAUCUUUCCCGCUCUUCUUUGUCCUUCAACCCAGAAGCAGCUGAAAUCCGCAUGAAACACUCUCCGACAUUCAGUGGAUCCGGGAACACCACAACAAGCUUACAGAAAAAACAUUUUUAAACUGAACUACACGGGACUAGACUUAACUCCAGAAUCCUCCUUCUCGUUCAAACCCCAAAGCCUGAAAAACACUGGAUGCUUUCCAUUUGGCCAUGUCAGCAUGCAGCAUGUUAAGUAGCAGCAAAGGCCUGGGAAAUGAUUAACUGGAGUGCCAACAGCUAGUAUGUUGAAUCCAUGGCUGAAUAUCUAUCACAUGAUGAGCAAACAGUAGCAGGUGUUGUGGCACAAGCUGUGGUUCUGCUCCUCGUUAACGAUGAGUUGUACUGGAGAGUGCUGGAAAUGUUAAAUAGCAGGUCGGUAUUAGCUGCAGUAACAUGGAUUUGUAAGUUAACUUGACAUUUCAGUGGUGAAUACUUAUUAGACUGUUUUAACAUUAUAAAUGUUCCUUAUCAAUUUGAUCAUCUGUUCAUCCUAGUGAUGAACAAUGUAAAAGCUAUUACAGUAGACGUGUGGACAUUCAUAUGGUUCUUGUUAAUAUGCAAAUAUCAAUGCUGUUGGAUUAGAUCUGCUGAAAACCAGCUGGGUCAAUCUCACUUACGUUUUAUGUAUCAAAGCAACACAAACGCAGCUGGUUUGUUUUCUGAACAGAGAUUUUGUGAUUACAAUAUGUUUCAUGAACUGGAUGAAUUUGACUUAAGCACCAUGAGAUUUUGGCAGUUAAAGCAACUUUAACUUUAUGAUAAAUUAAAGUUUUGUAAAAAAUGUACUAAAAAUUAAAACUUAGUCAACUGAAUAUAUCGACUUCCCUCUCGGCAGAAAACUGUAGCCAAGUUUGGUAGCCAAGUAAGAUGAAUGAAAGUCUUUCUACUAAUGCACAAUCUUCACUGCAAUGUUUCCAGUGCCUCUGUAAUGGUUUGACAAUGCUGAACUCGUUUUAUACCAAUUAACUAAUAAGAUUGAUAUAGAAGCCUUUUCCUGUUGAUGUUACAGAUGUCAAGUGAAGAAAAAUAGCCACCACAUUUCAUGGUAUUUCUUGGGAGAUAAAUUGCCAAUGGAGUACAAAUUAAUUUCCCGAAAGGCUGAGAAGCCCCUAAUGUUCUAAUCUAUUGGUGUCAGUAAGCCUUAUAGUCUCACCCAGGGUCUUUUUACAGAAUAGGGAAAAAGAUGUUCGAAACAUUAUCAACACCACUGUCAAAAGUUAUUGUCUUCCAUGUGUUCCCCUUUGUUCCUCUGCGGCGUCUUGUGAAUGGAUGCUUAAGCUUUACUGGAGUCCAUUUGCUGUAAAUAAUACAGAUAGCACAUUACAUUGUUCAGUGAAUAGAGUGUUGACACUGAAAAUAUAAUGAAAGGUGAAAUUUGAUCUAUCGAAAACAUCACACAUGACUGAGACUAUGAGUUAGAUUGACAAGACACCAGCACAGCGCGCUCAAAGGAUGCUGCCUCAGUAAUUUACUCGGCAUUAUUUUGACUUCCUUUGUUGAUGGAUAUCGGCAGCUCCAAUGUUACAUAUCUUGUUUUUGUGUUCACUUGGACUUACCUUGGAUUUAGACCGACCCGCCCUGCUGUUCGCUCAUCUUCACAACUACUUCAUGAGGAUUGAAGAAGCUCAGAUAUACUAUAAGUUUGUGAAACAUAUAUUUCUUAUGAUAUUUUGUCCUGCCUACUCUACAUGUUAGAUUUCUACAUGUGCCAUGAUGCGAUCCCUUGAAAACUUUCCCAGAUAACUUGAAGGUUGACCACCUGUCAGGCUCUUCUCAGUGCAGCUGGUGAGCAAACACGAAGUGUAAAUGAAGUGCAGUGUCAUGGGAUGCUAACCGAAGCAGAUUGGACAUGUGUACACUCCUCAGCUUUAGUAACACAUUUUGGUGCUACUUUCCUCACUAUCCGGUGUUGAAACAUUCCACCUCCCAGCAGUGAGGAACAUAUGCAGUUUCUAAAUAAAGCUAAUUCCCCAAAGUGGUCUCAAUACUCACACUUUACAUGGAAAUGUGCGUCACUUUAUUUUCAUCGUGAAUUAGGAAAUGCUUGAUGGGCCGUCAAACUCAGCACCCUAAGUAGAGUAACACUGGUGUAGGACAAUUAAUUCAUUCUCUUUUUUUAUGUGGUUUAAUCUUUCUGCAAUAAAUAUAUGUAAAUGACAGUCUUUAAGUAUUGUGAUUGAAGGCUCCCUUUUCAAAAGGAUUUUAGUACCCACAUUUAAAAAGAACAGCAAUUGUUCGAAUAUUUCCUCUGUGUCUGACAACUUUAGGUAUUACAUGACGGGACAGGAGGAUAGACAACAACACCAAUCAAUUAUACUAUAAAUAUAUAUAUUUGAAAUCUUCAGAAAUGCCCACACAAAUAUUAAAAUAUGCCUGCUGUGCCACUGGAUCCAUGUUCCAAGAACAUUAUUGAUUAAGAGGUUUUGUCAGUGCAGGCCUUCCUUUCUUUGCUCACCAGGGGAUGUGUUUUUGUGGAGCCCCGUGCUGCUGGUCAGUUGAGUGGAACUAAAAAGGUAGUGGUGGGAAGAUGAUCUCCUAUCAGCAAUUCACAGAUGGAUAUCUAGAUUGAUCAUGAAAAACAGAGGAGCAAUACAACACCUUUUUAGAAAAGGUAGGCUGACACAGAUCACAGUCUUAUUGACAACAACAGAACUAUAGGCUGGUGGGCGGCUCUGAGGGUGGAGCGAAUCUUCCACUCGCAGGAAGAUCUUAGGUUGAUCAUGGCUCCUCCAGUCCUUGGGCAACAUACUCCUCAAGGCUGUACCAUCAGUGUGCGAAUGAGCAUUUAGAUUAGAUCCUGCUGGGCAGGUUGGGGCCUUGCAUAGCAGCCUCUUCCAUCGGUGUAUGUGUUCGUGAAUGGGUGAAUUUCUACAAGUAGUGAAGGCGCUCUGAGUGGUCGGAAGACAAGAAGGGUGCUGUAUGUCAUGACCUAGUGCAUUUGCCAUCUUGUAGCAUUUCAUUGUAUAGGACAAGACAAAAUGUUGUAUAUUUAGUGAUUGUAUUUGUUGAUAAUUAUAUAAUCAAUGAUAUGAUUUCUAUAUUAACAUUUUACAUUUUUUUCCCUUCAUAACUUUCUUUUUCACUUGGUUUAUUAUCUUCUGCAGUGUUUAAUUGUGGCUGCAGCACCAGGAGCAUGCAAAGUCACCGAGCCUUGACAGAGCCUCAGCAGACGUCCUGUUUGAAUAACAACAUACUGUUUGCUACUGAGGAGCUCCCAGUUGCCUAGGCGAUGCAGUAGAUCCUGACAGACACUUGGAUCUGAUGCUGCGUGAUGAAAGAUUUGACGAUUGAGUCUUUUUCUAGUUAACAGUCGGCAACUUUUUCUCCAUAUUCGAGAGGCUGAAAACAGCCUUUUCUGCGAUUUUAGCUUUCAAAUUACUUAAAUGAUUAAUUGAUUAUCGAAAUUUUCUGUCAAUCAACAUACCGAUUAGUCGACUAAUUGUGUUUCAGCUCUUCUCUUUUUAAAGUGAAAUGAGCCCAGAUUAAAAUGCAUAAAGUUAUCAGCCUGAAUGAGUAUAAAAAGCAUAAUAAUAAGCAUACUAAAAUGAUAGACACAACUAUCCAGCACUUCAUUGAGUUGUAUACUGAAAAAAUAUGUUCUAGAUUUGGGACUUGAUCGUUGGUCAACCGCACUGAUCACACCACUGAUCAUUUCAUCCAGGCGGCAAGACCCACAUGUAGGCUGUAACAUCAACGUUAGCUUGCUAACUGUUUGGUUACUGUGUGCUGAAUGCUGUUUCACCUGUUCGCUUCCUUCCAAAGUCGUGAUUAGCUUUUAGCUAUCCUUUUAGCUACGUUGGGGUUGGGGAGCUCUGCAUGCUUCACAGAGGGAGGUUGUCUUCUUCACCUCUUCAGCAACAAGCCAGCCUGUUUUCUGUUUUUCAAUUCUAGAGGCGGCAACUUUCUUUGCCACCUUAUUUGCUGGGGUUGGUGUUGCUGAUGGCGCAGGUUUAGGCUUUCUUCGGUAACAGUCUGAGCUUUUUUUUAAAUGAUGGAACAGUCAAUUGCAGCAGCAAUUCUUGACUUUGGACCAUGGUUCCUUUUUUCCAUGCACGAUGUCUGUAUUUUGUGUAUAUUAUCAUAAGUGACAUGAACUCUUCCCCUCAACAUAAAACCUUUCCACUUGCACUUUCGGUUUGGGCAUACGCUGUAGAUUAUUUGUCCACUUGUCCAUUUUGUCCUCUGGAUCUGAGUCUCGUGUUGCUUUACAAACUCACAUAUAAAAGGGCUGUUAGACUACCUAUGGAUUACUCAUGGUAGUAUCAUAGUAUAGUAUAGGACUGUCGCAAUACAAGCUGGCAGGCCACAACCGCUAUGCUUAUGUUUUUUCUUUUUUAAAUUAUUUUCAAUGAGGCGACAGCCCUAAUAGUAUAAUGUGACCAUGUCUGUUUGUUUGUUUGUCCUCGGAGGACACUCAACCUUCAUCAGGAAAUAUUGCAAGGCGAUUGAAAGGUUUUGUGUAGAUCACUGCUGUACUGACGGUUUUCCGACAUAUUCACUGUUUUUUGUUGGUAUUUUAUUAUCUUUAGCAUCAUUAUUUGCCGCUCAACACUGAACGUCGACAGCAAAAUAUGAUGAACGAGUCAUGACGUCAAUCUUAAGCAGCAACUAUCCUAAUUUAUGAUUGACAAAUCCUUUAUUUAAAUUUCUUUAGCACAAGAUGUAUGUCAGUUACCAAAAUGAGGCUUAAUUGGUGCUCCACAAAUAGCCAUUAAUGCAAAGAUGACAUAUUUGAACAUAAAAACAGACUGAUAUCAAUGGGGCGAUGUGAUCUGUAGUCAUGUAUUCAGCAGGAAUGUGCUGAGAGCCUACUGAGAGUCUCUACAGGAUAGGAUGCUGGCUUUGAUCCCAGCUCUCGACCUUUUCCAGAGGAAGUAGUCCAGAAUGAGCCUCUUCAUGUUCCUGGCCCUUCUUCUCCCUGGAGCUGGCUGGGGCUCAGUUAUUCCAUCUGGACUUGUUUAUCUUUGCUCUCUACGUCUCUCUUCACUCUGUAACCUGUGCUACCUAAAAUGCACCACUCCAAAUGUGUGGCUCACAGUAGUCCCCAACAAAGCACUAUUUACUUCAGUGUCAAUCUUUUUUUUAUUAGUGUAGCCUUUAAAAGAUUUAAAAAAAAUUAAACUAUAUAUUUGUUUUUAUCUUAUAUCUGUUUUUAAAGAUUUACAUCUUAAGUAGAGACACAUGGGCUUGUGGUUGAGAGCCACAGACAAGGCUGGGAAGCCGGAAAGUCAUUUGUUUUUUCAUACUGAUUUCAUCACAUUGGAUUACAGUAGAUAUCCUGAACCUCAUGACUGUAAUACGAUAAUUGUUGUCAUCCUCGGUUAAUGUUAAUGAAACCUCAUAUUGGGUGUUGCAUAUUGUUCGCUGUGCCUUCUGAAGAGCAAAAGAAAAUCCUGCCGGCGGGAGCUGGAGGACAUCUUUGUAGAGUAGCAACAGGCCAUCGUUUAUGAUUAAAUCUAUACAUUAAUACAGGUUGAUGUAUCGUUACACCCCUGAUUAGCACUGUAAGUGGACAUUGCUAUUCUAUGUAGUUAUGUAAGAAGUAUUUUGGUACACUGUACAUCUUCUAAUCUAAUUUUCAGCCAGGUUCCGUUAUGAGGAACAAGUGUAUGCGUGCACCACUGCAUGGUUGCUUGUACUUGUAUGAAAGAGAGGAGUUUGUGUGUGUGUGUGUGUGUGUGUGUGUGUGUGUGUGUGUGUGUGUGUGUGUGUGUGUGUGUGUGUGUGUGUAUUGACGUGCACUAUUUUAUAUAAUGUAGUGUUCCAACUUUAAGGGGCACCCUUUACUCAAAUUGAGUUUCUCAAAAUGUUUGCCCGAGUCCCUCCAUUUUACGAAAAUGCUCAAUAAUGUUCCGAUUUUUUAAAUGCCACCGGUAAUGAAAUUGCUUUUAAGAAAACAUUAUAAGGUAAUACUUUGGAUAAAUCUUCACAAUGAAAAGGCUGAAUUUGAUAUUGACAUUUAUUUACUAAAGCAAUUGCUCAAUGCUGAAAUCAAGUUAUUCUCCUGUACAAUUAAAAAAAUAAUGAUAAUAAUAAACUUUAUUUAUGUAGCACAAGAAAUGCAGCACAAAGUGCUUUAUAAUAAAAUAAAAUAAAAAAUAGAAUGAACAAUGAACAUAAUGCAAUUGUUUUCCUUGAUUGAGUGAAAAUAAGAGUUAUUUCCUCCUUCCCUUUUAAUUUGUCAGUUUGUCGUUCACCUUAAUGAACUAUCAUCAGUCAUCAGGCUGUCUACACACACAGUAUUAUACUGAGCUGCACUUGACUCUGUGGUGAUGCAUUAUCACACACAUUUUGAUGCCCGUUGCACGUGGACCUUGCAAACAGAAGAAUCACCUUGAUAACCACACCCAGCUCACUGCUGGCCACACCCCUCACUCACUCAUUUGAAAUGGUUUAAAGGGCCAGUGUGUAGGAUUUGGCAGCAUCUAGCAGUGAGGUUGCAGAUAGCGAUCAAGUGAAACUUCUCCAGUGUGCCAAGCAUGUAGAACUAUGGUGGCCGACGUGAAAACAUGAACGGCCCUAAAGCCAGUGUUGUAUUUGUCUGGGCUAAUGUAGAAAGAUAACAAAGAAACAUAUUAAGAGGUCCCGCUCCUGUAGAUAUAAACAGCUCAUUCUAAGGUAACGAAGACACAAUCCUUAUUUUCAGGUGAUUAUGCGCGAAAGAAAACCUGCUUAUUGAUAUUAUAUUCCAAUUCUGCCAAUACAUCCCCCUAAAUGCUACAUGCAUACUGGUCUUGUGACUUGUCGCAGGUAAUCUACAAGGAAAGAGGCAAUUAAUGUAAAGAAGGUGCAUUGUGCAGACUUAAUCUUCCACAUUUUUUGUCAUGUCUCUAUCUGUACCGUUUGGUGGAACACUUUUUGGGUAUGUCAUUUGGUAUUACAUCUAAUUAACCCCCAAAUUUUCUUUCUCCUGUGAAAGCGGAGGUCGCUGUCACCGCCUUCACUGCGUCACCACAAAGCAGCCGAAGAGUCAUUCAUUAGGGAAGCUUAACUGCUAAAAUCACACACACACACUUCAGAAGAAGAUCUCUUCUUUAUUAAAAACACAGCCUUGGGAGAGAAGCUAUUAGUAGGAGCAAUUGCUGGCUUAAGAAGAGAGACGUGUGGCGCUCAAAUUAAAUUGUAUUUUGUAGUUCAGUCUUUGGUUGAGCAUGUAUAGUAUGAUGCAGUUACACCUCCAGAUUCUGGAGUUUAUUGGAUAAAGCAGUAUGCUUUUCAGGAAACCAACGCAUGUUUGUCUGUGUGAGUGUGUGUCAGCUAAAACAGUACUGCUUUUGUGUGUUUUGAUCUGGUGGUGGUGGUGGGAGGAGGAAGGGAAUAUGACUCAGUUGAAUAAAUAGUUCAACAUAUCCUGGUAUUAGUCACAUUAAGAAAAGAUCCAGGAUUCAGCUCCUCGUCUUUUCUCCCCAUUGACUCAUAAUAGCAACAGUUUAAUUGACUUUGCCCACGCAGUCUACAGUUUUUUGUAUUUAGAAUGUUUUGAUCCUACUCGGCCAAACCUCUCAUUCAGUCACAUAAUGGUGGACUGUGUUGGCAGAUGAAGUGGACUGUUUCCAGAGUUAGAGUUUAAAAAAGCACUGGGGCCUCAUAUGCUCCAGUUGUGAUGUUGUAAGGUGACUUGGAAAGAUAUUUCGAUAAUGGUCUAAAGUUUAAUUUCUCCAAGUCAAACUCCCAUAGGAUGAUUUGACAUUUCAGUUUAUGUCAGUUGGUUCGUAUUAGUGUAUUUGUCUACAUCAGUGUGUGUGUUUGCUCUAUGUUUGCGUGUGGGCACCAUCUGCUGGUCGCAUUUGGCAUUUCAUACAACAGCUGUGUUUCUGUUGGUGAGCUCAUUGCAGUGACCCCUCCUGACCCCUCCCAAAUAAAUCUGUACUUUGGCAGUCGGCCCAUCGGGCUCAAGAGCCCUUAUAUUUCACUACUUUAGUGCCUCAUAAAAAUGGAUGCAGAAUGACAAAGAGACAUAAUGACAAGAUGAAUGCUAAAUGUUGGAUAAUUGUUUUCUGAUUUGCCAUGAAGAUGUUAAUGUUCUUUAGAUACUUUACAGACACAAUUAAAAGGCAGUAAUUGUGCACUUUUGCAGUAUAAUCCAAGUCUCGUUUGUCCAGUUGUAUGCUCAGUACUUCCCAAACGCAGGCUCAACCAUGAGACAGUGUUUUGAAUAAUAAGGUUUUAGUGAAGAUGCAUGUGAUUGAGAGUACGAAUGGAUAAACAAGACUUGGAUUGUACUGCAUGAGUUGUGUGAGAUUUUGUAUAGUUUUGCUGUUGUUAACCUAGACCCCAUUUACUUCAAUUCAUCAAGGAAUUAAUCGUUUUUUGCAUUCACCGUUCGCCAUGGAGCCAUUGUAGAAAAACUGACUUUUUUUCAAGAAUUCAAGGAAACGCGGUUAUUGAUACACAAAAAGUAUUCCUUUACGUAUUAAUCACAUUACUCAGCCCCCCCCCCCACCAUGGCACAACACUAGCAAUAACACUGAUUAAACCUAUACGUAGUUAACAAGUGAGUUAACAUCCGCUGUUCUUAACACUUCACAUGUUGCUGUGGUUGAACAGACAAAAGGAAAAGGAACUACCCACAGAAUCCCAGACUUAUUCAACGUAAGAUAUUGUAGUCACACUGGUUUGAUUGACAAAUUGUCUCUGAUAAUUGCAGUGCAGAGAUCGUACGUCUUAAUAACAAAGAGGUUAAAAAAAAAGUAAAGUAGUUUAAACACUUUGAAUAAUGGAUGAAGCAGUGAUUGAGAAUAAAAAUCCAGUGUAUGUUUCACAGUUCAAUUGUGUUUUUCUGAUGUGGGAGUUAUACAACUGAGACAGAAAUGUAUUGAUUUAACCAGCCCUGUUCUCAGAUCAUAAUUAGAGUCAAAAUAUACCAGUAUACGGAUCAUAUUUGCUUUUGUCUGCUGCCAUCUUGAGCAGAUUAGUGAUAAGCAUCAAGACAAAUACUCCUGUCACCCAUAUGCAGAUGAACCCUGACACACAGCCAACCACUGACAACCGUUCUCAUCUUUGAAUCCCUAAAAUUGAACAUUGUGUGAAGUUGUGUAAUGGAUGAAUUAAGUAUGAGAAGAGUAGUAAUGAACUGAACUGUUAUGUGUGUAAAGUAGGGGCAACUUGUAUUUACAGCAUACUACUUAUCAAGGGAAAUGUUUAGGUACAAGCAGAUUUAGGACUUUAGUUUGUGUAUCUUGGCUGAAUUCACACAGUUUUGUUUUGGGUAGAGGAGGUUUGGGCUGUCUGUGGGUCAAAGAUGAAAUUCUCUUUGACCUCUGUUUUUCCAUCUCCCCUCAGCCCAGUUGGGAAAGUAGUAUUCACUUAAGAUACGACUAAAUGUUUAAGUGACAUUUCUGGGGUUCCUGUUAUCUUUUAUCUCAAGAGGGCUCUGUUUUUAGACAGAGAGGGGCCGUACUGACCAACAGAAUGAAAACCUAUCCAAGCUCCAGCCUCUCAGCGCAACACAGGUCUGGCUUGUGUUUAAUGUUUGUGCACUGAUGAGGAAGGAAACAAAUGCAAACUUGUGUGUGUGCAUGAAGGGAGUGGUGGACACAGCUAGUUCACCCGAGGUACGAGCCAACAACGCUAUAAUUCAGGCCUGGCCAUAUUUAGGCAGGACUCAGUGUUAUGUAAACAGAGCUUACUGCUGAGGGGAGGGCUCACUCCUGCACUCGUGUCCAUGUCCAUCAACAGUGCUCUUACAUAGCUCUGUUGUGAAAGAUAAAGAAGAUUCUUAAGAUGCAUAGUAAAAGUGGAUUUGAAGAAUUUAGAGACUCCCACAGGUGUUGCUGAGUAUGUAGCGCAUCAUUGCAAGACGAGUUAUUACAUGAAUUCUCUUGAAGAAUACUGUUGUUUUGAGAUGGACAACCUGGACUACCUGACAGAACUGCGAGGGUGGCACAAGAGAUCAGCGUAAGAGACCAGGUUUCGUUAAAGCCUUAUACAGCAGUAUGAGUGAGGCCGUCUUGGAAAGCUCUGGGGAGACUGGUUCCUUCCCGCUCAGCAGCACUCAGCCCAUCAAGCUGAAACCACAGUCAACGUCUGGAUCACCCUGUGGAUCCCCAAGGAUGUCCCCCUGCAACUCUCCCCGAAACUCCCCCCGGCACUCUCCUUUGCUGUUCCGCAAGCACCUCAUGAACCGCAGCAUCGCCCUGCAGAGGCGCUUCACCUUGGCACACACACCCAGUUUUGAUGUGGAGAAUGGCCUCUCGGUGGGACGCAGUCCACUGGACUCUCAGGCUAGCCCGGGUUCUGGGCUGGUACUUCAGGCCAACUUUCCCCACAGUCAACGGCGCGAGUCCUUUCUCUACCGCUCCGACUCAGACUUCGACCUUUCACCCAAAACCAUGUCCCGCAACUCGUCUACUGCCAGCGACCUGUAUGGAGAAGACAUGAUAGUGACUCCAUUUGCACAGGUUCUUGCCAGUCUUCGAACAGUGAGGACUAACUUUGCUGUUCUGACACAUCUGCAAGAUCGUGUCACAAACAAGCGUCCGACAAGCAGCAACCAGCCAUCCAUGUGUAAGCCAUGUCUUACAGAGGAGCCCUAUCAGAAACUGGCGGUGGAGACACUAGAAGAGCUGGACUGGUGUCUGGACCAAUUGGAGACGCUGCAGACGAGACACUCAGUCGGCGAGAUGGCAUCUAAUAAGUUUAAGAGGAUGCUGAACCGUGAGCUGACGCAGCUAUCAGAGACAAGCCGCUCAGGGAAUCAGGUGUCAGAGUUCAUCGCCCACACCUUCCUAGAGAAACAACAUGACGUGGAGAUCCUGUCUCCAACUUCUAAGGAGAAGGAGAAGAAGAAGAGGCCAAUGUCACAGAUCAUUGGUGUGAAAAAGGUCACACAGGGUCCCAGCUUAGCACCCGCCUGCAUCCCCCGCUUUGGAGUCAGCACUCCACACGAGAGCCUGCUGUCCAAGGAGGUCGAGGACAUUGAUCGUUGGGGUCUGGAUAUAUUCAAGAUAGCAGAAUUUUCCGGAAACCGCCCUCUGACGGUGGUCAUGUACUCCAUCUUCCAGGAGCGAGACCUUCUGAAAACCUUUAAGAUCCCAAAUGACACCUUUAUCACCUUAUUGAUGACCUUGGAGGACCACUACCAUGCAGACGUAGCUUAUCACAACAACAUUCAUGCAGCUGAUGUGGUGCAGUCCAUCCACGUCCUCCUGUCAACCCCUGCUUUGGAGGCCGUGUUCACAGACCUGGAGGUCAUGGCUGUUCUGUUUGCUAGUGCCAUCCAUGAUGUUGACCACCCAGGAGUCACCAACCAGUUCCUGAUAAACACUAGUUCAGAGCUGGCGCUGAUGUACAACGAUGCCUCGGUGCUGGAGAAUCACCACCUCGCUGUGGGCUUCAAACUGCUGCAAGAAGAAAACUGUGACAUCUUCCAAAACCUCAGCAAGAAACAGAGAGACUCUCUCCGAAAGAUGGUGAUUGACAUGGUGCUUGCCACAGAUAUGUCCAAACACAUGAACUUCUUGGCGGACAUGAAGACAAUGGUGGAGACCAAGAAAGUCACAAGUCUAGGAGUCCUGCUGCUCGACAACUACUCUGACCGCAUCCAGGUUCUACAGAACAUGGUCCACUGUGCCGACCUGAGCAACCCAACCAAACCGCUGGAGCUUUACCGCCAGUGGACGGACCGCAUCAUGGAGGAGUUCUUCACCCAGGGAGACCGAGAGCGGGACAAAGACAUGGAGAUCAGUCCCAUGUGUGACAAACACAACGCCUCCAUAGAGAAGAACCAGGUGGGCUUUAUCGACUACGUUGUCCACCCUCUGUGGGAGACAUGGGCAGACUUGGUGCACCCUGACGCCCAGGACAUCCUGGACACACUGGAGGACAACAGGGAGUGGUAUCAGAGCAUGAUCCCCCGCAGCCCGUCGCCCACCAGCCCCGAGGAGCACCAUGUGGAGGUGAUGCCAGGAGGAGGAGCUGUGGGAUCAGGAGGGCCUGUCCCUUCAGGAGGAGGGGACAAGUUCCAGUUUGAACUCACUCUGGAGGAAGAAGAGGGUGAAGAGGAGGUGGAGUCUGACCUGGAGAGCCCCUUAGAGGGGGAGUCCCAGUCGGGUGGGGAGCAGCACUGGGACUCUUCCUCUCCGUCUUUGUCCCCAGACCCUCGCAGCAACAGCAGGUACCGCCCCCCUUCGCCUCACCCGUCUCGGACCCUGAAUCGGGCUGCCUUAUCGGUGCGGAGCCCCCACAGGACGCUGGCCUCCCCAGGUCGGGAUGGCGCCGACAGAGACAGAGAACUGAGCCAGGAGGGCGACGGGGUGGCGUGCCUACGUAUGGGGACGUAACAACCAGCACAACCUGCCCCGCCUGACAGACACGAGUGCUGAAUAAUUGACAGACGGAGGCAGGGCAGGCCUUUACUGUAAAAUCACUACAGUCCCUUUACACUGGAGACACCCGCUCUGGAGAACAGAGGGACGUUUCCCCUCUGUUUUAUUUUAUAUUUUAACAAGAAGAAUCCUUUCAGCCUCUCUUUGGGUGCCUGAUUGAACUUUGUGUCGCAUCCUGCUUUGUUGUAGCUUGAGUUUAGAGUGUCCCUGACAAGGACUGCUGCAAUUUAACUGGGAAGACGAGUGGAGCCAAGCCGAGAUACUCUAACAAGAACGAAAGGUAAAGGAAAUGUCUUCCUCCAAAAUAACUGUUUAUGACAUUCAGAUAAUGAGAAUGAGGAUCGCUGUGGUCUGACAGGGUCUUGAAAUUAUUUUGCACCGUAGUUUUGAUUUAGGACACGAAAUUACUGAGUCCGGCUGGAAUAAGUGAGUAUGAUUUCUUUAUUUGAGAAUAAUGUGACAGAUGAAUAAUUUUACCAAAUACAGGAUGCAGUUGAGAGACAAUUGAUGGACCUAAACCUCAGGGUAUGAAGAUUACAUGAAUCUAAUGUAGCACGGAUGUAGUGGGUAACCCUCACCUGACCUUUCACCCCAAACUGUCUUUCCUGUUUGAUUUACCUCCAAAGCAGAGACAACUGAGACUUUGUUAAACCUGCGUGUCUUUUCACUUAAUUAAGCCCUUUAAUAGAACAUUUGGCAACUUAAGCAAUUAAAUAUGAUGUAUUUAAACCAGCUUGUAGCACCACAGCGAUUAAACACUGAAGCAGACUGGGCCCCAGUCUCACAUGUUGAAAGUACAAAAGACACCACCUGUAUAAUUAGUUUAGGCUUCUUUUUUUCUUUUUUACCUGAGAUGAUUUCAAAUGGUGUCACUGUUUUGGGGUUUUGAACAGUUCUAUGUUGUACGUUUGCUGGUCUUGUCUGUGUUUAUGUGCUUAAAAAGCGUUGUUUAUCAGGGUGCCUCCGGUCCGCAGUAGCACUUUACCGUCUCUGCCCUUCAGCUCUUCUAUUCAGUCAGACAAAGGGCUUCGUCCACUGUCGGCCUACUGAUCAUACAGAACCCGUACAGGACGUCUGACUCGAGGUACCAGAAGGCAGAGCAGGAAAGUCACCGGUAAUAUUUUACUGCAAAGUUCUCUGAAAUGAUCCCUGUUCCUCCUGAUACAAAGUGCCCCAUCCAGCCAGGAUUUAAGCCUUUCUGAAUCUCUGAACCUCUACAUUAAUAUGAUGUGGGCAAAACAUGUGAGAACACACUAUUCAUUUAAGGAUAUCUCUGGUGUUAUUCUAUAUUUUUCUUGUUAAAAACAAAUUCCGUGAAAAGCUUUUAGUGCAUCACUCAAUACUUUCCGACUUUUAAAUCUUUUAAAACUUGUCACAAAUAUAUUCAUUAUUAUUUAUUUUAAUUUUAAAAAGGGAAUUGUAGUUUUUAAUCAAACGUGCCUCUUAACAGGAGUUAUCGACUACUUCAGCUGUGGAUUAAUACACAUUUGUUAAGUUAUGUAUUUACAGCAGCAGGAAAGUAUAGGCGGGAUUGAUCUAAAUCAAACUACAGUGGACGUAUUCAUAACGAAAGAAUGUCUCAGUGCAACAGUGGCUUUUUAAUAUUUAUUGUACAAUGGCGGUGUAUGACAGAGGAAUUAGCUGCUUCACAGAAAUACUUUGAUCAGUUCACUGUGGGUUUUCAUGUCUUUUCAUGGGCUUUGUUUAACAGUAAGAAAAAUAUGGAAUAUCACCAGUUAUCCUUUCAUUGGGACAUGACGUUAUAUCCUCAUGUUGACAAGAAAAGCUCUUCCUCGCUCAAACCUCAAAUGAAUCCGAGCCCGAUUGUUCCUUUUCUACAACUACUAGAACAGUUUUAAUCAACAUAUUACACAAAACUUUAACUUCAGCCACAAGUGAAAGACCCGUUUGUUAUUUGAAAUGAUCUUAUAAUUCCAAGUAAGUCACCAUGGUGUUUCUUUCCUGCCCUGCCGAUAGGAUCUGUUGUAGAGAUCAGAAGUUGCUGAAUCAGAUCAAACUAACCAGAUUGUAUUCCAUCAGGUUUUAUCUGACAGUGCUCGACUGGGAUUACUGUGUACCACAAGUGUUGAAAACACACAAACACCUGCCAGCCUACGAUGCUGUACAUUUUUACACGAGAUUUUAACCUGAUGAUUGUAUCAAAGUCAAUGACUUGAUAGCGUUAGUUUUUACAAAUGAUGUGUUUCCAGUGUUUAAAGCAGACAGUUUAUUAGUUUUUGUGCAGCUCACAUUUGUUCAGCCCUUUCCUAAUCAGACAGCUGAUAAUUGAGAAUGUGUGUAGCUUCAGGAGUCCACGUUCAGUCUAGAGCAGUGUUUGUCGCCGUCACUGAGGUAGAAAGACCAGGAAGUAAACAAGCACUACACAAAGAUAUGACGCACUUCCUGGUCAGGCAAUCGUAGAAAAUACCAGUCUCAGUAUUUCAUUAACUCAGCUAGUAAGCUUUACUGAUCAGCCUUACAUGUGAUAGAAGUGGUUGGAGCUUAAUGUAAGAGGACCAUUAUGCUGUUUUUAACAUGCCAAGCCUCACGGCAUCGCUUGAUCUCAAAAGCAAGAAAACUGCUCAUUUCUAGGCUUUAAAAAAAAACAUGAAUCUCAAAGAUUGAGAAUAUAUAAACAUACAUUUCUCAUGACGGCAGCAAUAUUCUGCGUCUGUCCAUAUACACAUUCUUAGUGUGUUUCCCUUUAAAACAAGCUACAUGUAAGAAAUGAAUGUCAAGUUUCUGUGUUUUCCUGAUUACUCACUUUAUUUAGCGUACAGUGUUAAAAUCCCUCAAAACUCCACAAUGAAAAUACCAUGUAAACCUCAGCAGAAAUUAGUGUGGAUCAAAUGUUCUGGUUAUUCAGACUUCGCAUACAGCGCCAUCAUAGGUCAAAGUUUAUACUUGCACACAAGAAAUGUCAAAAUCUAGUGGGCAGAUUGCCAUGAGAACGGAUGACAGCUUUAUAUUUUCUGAUGCUCGGCGGCCUUUUUCUUUAGCAUCAUCCCGACAAACCUGUUUUACAUUAAAUACAUGUGUAAUCAUGAAGAUUGCAUCCUAGCUUGGAUUUAAACUAUUGGUAUCUUUCUGAAAAGUAUUUUUUUAGUACUCCGACAUUGUAAUUUUAAAGAGUUGAGGUUGGACUUUUACAAAAAGUUGCUCUGUAGUUCUGUAAUCAUCCAUUAAACUUCCUUUCCAAGCUUUAGAUCUCAUUAUCGAAGGUCUCUAAAUAUUUAAGUGUGCAAUAUAAACUUUUAGUCCACAAAUAGUUAAAACUUUGACUGCAAUGGAUAAAGAAGCUCAGACAGACUUUGGCACUGGUUAAUAUUUUUUUAAAUGUCAAUUAUUUCUCCUCUUAUACAACUUCUGAUUCUAAAUAUUUAUUUUUAGGAAAUAAGAUACAUUUAUAUUUAAAUACCAUUUUGUCUGUUAGCACUCCUGUAGCACAGGAAGUGUCUAACAUGUCUUGUUAGCCCAGGCCAUACUUUCAUUGUAAAAUUCUUCCAUUUUGAAGCAAGAAAACGUGUCCCAUUUUUUGGACGAACCAUCAUCAUGGCAUCUUCAUCAUGUGAAUUUGAAACAAUUGAUUUCAGUCAGCUGAAUGUAGUUUGUAGCUCGGUGAUGAAAGGAGUUGCGGCAUGUUAAAAACACAGCAGUGUGGGUCUUUACAGGAAGACAUUCGUGCCAGACAGUGUUAAAUGUAGUGACGAGCAGGAGAGUCCCUGCUCUCCCUCUGUUGGUGUGUCACACCGAUACUGCCACCAUUAAUGUUCAUGCCAUCUGUUUUCUCAGCCUGUGUCGUGCAAAGUUCUAUAAAGAUAUUUAUUCUUCAAAUGUGUCGGUCAAGACAAAGUACUGUAACAUAGGAUAUUUGAUUUUAUGUUCUUGAGCCUAAAAAUCAAGUAUACUUUAAAAGUAUACAUAUGCCACUCCAAUGUUUUUGUCAAAGAAAAUAACUUUUAUUUUCUCAUUCUAAGCCAAAAGACUUUUGAGAGUUCAGGGUGAUUUAAGUGGAAAAUGACAAUAAAUAAUAUGGAAAUUUG